AUGCUGGUGCUGGCGCUGCUGGCGGUGGCCCGCGGGGAGCAGUGCGGGGGCCACCUGACUGCCGACCGCGGGCUCAUCGCCACCCCCGGGUUCCCCGGCCCCUUCCAGGUCCCGAUCCGCUGCCUCUGGCUGGUCUCCUCCGCCAGCCCGACCGCCUCUGUUGCCGUCCACCUCAGCCAACUCUACGUCAGUGCCGGCCUAACCUUCACUGAGUACGCCUAUUACGAACCCGCCUCGUCCUUCCAGCUGGAGCCGAGGGUAGUCCACAGGGUCACGGAGGAGAACCUUCCCAACACCUCGCUCGUAGUCACCUCCAGGCCAUUCUUGGUGGUCGAAUUCUCUCUGGACCGGUUGGAAGGCAACCAUCUGCGGGCUCUCGAUGGCCUUUUGGACGUAUACGGCUUCAACAUUACCUACAGUAUCCAGACGGACGCUUCCCAUCUUCCAGACUUCUCUUGCACUGCAGCCAAAUGUUCCAUGCUUGGGAAUUGCUACGCCACGGCCGACUAUUCGUAA